GAUGAAUGAGUAUACUUCUUCCCUUGGAAUUGGAGUGUUCCAUUCAGGUAUAGAGGUGUAUGGCCGAGAGUUUGCCUAUGGUGGUCAUCCAUACCCUUUUUCUGGAAUAUUUGAAAUUUCACCAGGAAAUGCUUCCGAGCUAGGAGAAACAUUUAAAUUUAAAGAGGCUGUGGUUCUAGGCAGUACUGACUUUAUGGAAGAUGACAUUGAAAAAAUAGUAGAAGAGCUUGGAAAGGAAUUCAAAGGAAAUGCGUAUCACCUAAUGCACAAAAACUGCAAUCACUUUUCUUCAGCUUUAUCUGAGAUCCUGUGUGGAAAAGAGAUUCCACGAUGGGUGAAUCGCCUUGCCUACUUCAGCUCUUGUAUACCAUUUCUCCAGAGCUGUCUGCCGAAGGAGUGGCUGACUCCUGCAGCCCUCCAGUCUAGCGUUAGCCAGGAGCUGCACGAGGAGCUGGAGGAAGCUGAGGAUGCAGCAGCAUCGGCUUCAUUGGCAAGCUCGGCAUCUGGGUCUAGAACUGGUCGCCACACCAAACUAUAAGCCCUCUUCCAAAGUGACGAAUGGUUCAAAUACUUCAGUUUAAUCUCUCCAGCAGUUGACUUCCUGGCAGAACAUGAGAGCUCACUCUAGAAUAUUGUUUUAUAUGCAAAAAAGGCUCUCAUCAACCUGUUUCAGCUCAGGAUUAUUUAUGUAGUGAAAAGAAUUGCUGGGAGAAAAGGGAUGUUGUGGGAAGCCACCCUUUUCAUUUUCACCUGUUUGGUAGACCUGGGUUGACUUAACAUCUUGUAUAAAGCAGAAUUUAAUUAUUUGUUUACAGUAUUGUGCACUGCUGUUUACAAGUCCUGUAAGGACUCCUGCCAUCAUGGAAGAAGAGAGAAUUUGAGUUUGAUUUAACUGUUGGUAUAACUCAAAAGCAGUGAUAUGAUGCUCUGGAUGAACUCUCCCCUUUGUUUCCAAGAUUUAAGGCAGGUGAAUGUUAAAUUCCUGAGAAAUGCCAGAAAUUGCUGAAUACUAUAUGUGUGAACAGGGUACUGUGCACUUAAGUGGCUGAUGUAAACAGGUAGAUUCCAGGAUGUAGAGAGACUGGUUUUGUCUAAGGUCUGUUAACUGGAAGUAUGACCUCUACAUUACUGAAACUGUGGAUUUUUUGCACAUAUGAAGGGAAAUUUCUGUCUCAUUACAAUGCACAUUGAUCCUUCUGGUUUUUUUUCAACUUAUCCAUGUAGUUUGCAUCCUCUCUUAUGUUUAUAUUUACAGUGUAUUUCAACCAGGAUUUAGACACCUGAAUCAUUUGCUAGAAGCAUCAACGAAUUUUCCACCGUUUUUGCUUUACUUGAUUUCGAACUUGUAUAUAAAAGUUAGUGCUUGUAUUCUUUUUGUUUUGUUUUGUUUCAUGUAGUUUGGAAUCGUGUAAUACAAGCCUUUUAUGGUUGGGGAAUGGCCUUGGCUUUCUGCUGCUGAUUUGCUUAAUUUGAGUUUGUAAACAUUUGUAUUCUUUUUUUUUAGUGAUAAAUUACUGCCCAGUUGUGCAGAUCUGCACAAAUGAUAGAGAAAUCCUAAUUUAUUUUCCCAUAGUCUCUAUCUGUGGCAUUAAGUUUCUUGUCAAAUGUAAUGAAGAAAAACCUGAAAAUUUCUUAUGCACCUGCGUGUUUACACAGCAGAACCCACUAAUCUGCACACGUAAUUAUAUCUGAAGGUAAGAGAUACUAUUUUCUAAAACACAGAAGUAUGUUUGCUGGUAUAUUAUAAUUAGAGCUAAAUUAUAAUUAGUGACCAGAAUAUAUAAUGGAAUGCCUUAUUCUUGUUCACUGACCAAGAGAAUUAAUGGUUCUUCCAGUUAUUAGUGUAAAUUAGUGAGGUUCUAUUGUGCACAUAAGGAUACAGUAGCACAAACAUGAGGGAAGUGAGCUUGUGCAUUUUUUAAGACUCGCUGCCUUAAACUCACAAAGAACAUACCACCUGUAAACUGAU